UUUUUCAGCUGUUUCUGUUUUGGGAUAGGCUAAGUGUUUUUCUGCCGGUAGCCAAUAAAUGCAGUCGGUAAUGAAUUUAUAAUUUAACACAUGUGCUUCAGAUAAGGAACUUAAAGCCCGUUUUAUCGUUUGCCCCGUUAUAGGGGAAGUCCUGUUAAAUUCAAAGUUGUAAGAUUUUACAGUUGCAGUACAUUCAGAGAAAGGACUGUAUUAACUGUAUUGACCUGACACACAGAUUUUGAUUGACUCAAUAGGUGUUAGCUCAAUUGUAAAUAGCUACUACGGUGGCUUUGUUGAAAUGUUGCAGUCUAUCGGUAUUGUACGUAAAUGAACGAGGUAUGAAUUGGGCAGUCGUACUGAAAGCAUACCGUUCAGAUGAAAGUUUACCUCCAAAGAUUGCCGGAAGGGUCCAUGACUGCUGCAUCAGUAAUGGUUCGUAAGAAGAAAGUAUGGAGAAUAUUGGGGACCAGCUCAAAAAAGCAUUUGAAGCUUACAGGCAAGCCUCUAUUGAGAAGGACAGUGCUAAAAGGGAGCUCCAGCAGAAGACAGAAUACUACCAAAGCUACACCCAACAGCUGGAGCAACAAAUAGAAGACCAAAAUAAAUUGAUUACUGAACUUAAAGCUCUGCUGAGUUCGGCAGCAACAAAACUUGCUUCAGAUGAGGUAUCCCAGAAGUACCCUGCUCUUCAGAAACAGGAAGUGGAAUCCUUGUCAUCCUGUGAUCAUCACACAGAGGACCUAUUGUGCAGCCACCAAAUGUUUCUGAUGAGAGAGAACAUGGAUACUGCAGAGAUGCCUCCAUGCAGACUACCCAGGACCAGUAGUGUUGGGAAUAAAGAUGUUCUUGAUGUGUUUUGGGAACUUCAGGGACAUUUCCAGUUGAUCCAGGCGUUGACACGGAAACAGACGAACCAGUUGAGGAAGAUGUCUCGGAGAGACAAUAUAGCAAACGAGCUGCAGUUCUCCAUACCCAUUCAGUGCACAGACGUGUCUGCGGAGCGGUCCGAGGGGCCCCUGGGGUCCUUCUCUACAGCCGUCGGGUCGAGGGAAGAGGAGGAGGAGGAGGAGGACGAAGAGGGCGGGGAGCUGGCCCCCGUGUCCCGGCCGCCCGGCGGUGCGAACCCCGAGGACGGGCGCUUUUUCGCGGACUCCCUAAUGGAGCUGAGCGUGCGGUUCCCGCCGUCUGCUGACGGCGAGCGCGAGUUCCUGAACAGCGCUGUGGGGAACCCCGCGGGCGCGGUCACCAGCAUCUCCAUGGUGACGGAGGAAAUGUCUCUGGGGAAGGCCAUCCCCUUACCAAUGCCCCACGCGGGCUCCGCCUCCACCAACCUCCCCCACGAGGGUAUACGCGGACCCCAGCAGCUACGCUGGAGGCUUGAUCUUUGUGAGUCUACGGCGCAGGGGGCCUGCGAGGCCCCCCCACGGGACCCGAACCACGGAAAAUGCGAGUUCUGCAAUGCCCUCGUUCCUUUUGCCGAAAUCUACAGCCACCUCAAUUCACACUUUCAGAGUCCAACCAGCAAUGGACACUAAUGGACACAAAGGGCGCUGGACCACUCCAUCAGGACAUACAGGGUUCAUGGCUUUGUAGCUUGCUCUGUAUCCCAUUUACCUGCAUUGAAUGCAUCAGGACUUAAGCAAGCAGCUCUCCCUUUGACAGUGUAAUUAUUUUGUCUCUGUACAACGCUUGUCUCUGUUUUAAAUUAAAGGCCUACAUUGUGGCUUGAAUUGUGGGUGUAUUUUGUAAUAAUGAUCUGCAUCCUGUUCAUCAGUCAGUACACAGAUAACAUGCACAGUUUCUACAUGAAGCCUGACAUUGUGUUUUGCUGCUUUACUACAUCCUUAAUCUGUAAAUUUUAGAACACGUGUUGCUACUGCUGAGUUCUUGAAAUUUUAAUCAGUACAAUGCACGUGUGAUUUAGAGUGCGAUGCAUAUCUUAUAGAUUGAGAUAUGGCAUGAAUAAGGUCAUUCGUGACUUGUGAUUGACACAGACAUGAUAUGAUUACUCUGUAAUGUGUUGGUCAGUCUUUAUUUUAUGUAGGUUUAAAUUUUCUUUCCAGUUCAUGUACAAGGUAAAGUGCAUGAAUGACACACUUUGUUCAUUGAAAGUACUAGAAACCAAUCAAAAUUAUCACUGCUUUUAAGGAUUAUUGUAUUCGGAUGUAUGAGACCACGUGAUGCUGAUCAUUAGAUUCUUAAUAAAAACUUUAGACUGUUUUCAGCUCCUAAGUCAAAAAAUUAAAUAAAUGUAUUUUAAUUUGAACCAGUUGUGUUCUAUGCUCUGUGUGGAUUGACAUAAUUCAGUAAAUUAAAACAUGUUUUUCAGU